GCGAGAGAGAAAGAGACAGCGAGUGGGAGGCAAGCUUUGUGUGGAGAAACAGAAUGAACGGGCUGUUAUUUUAGGCUAGGGCAUUAAUUUACUUGUUUAAUAUUUACUUCUAUACACAUGUAAAGUGAUAUUUUACGGGUCUGGUGCUGAGAAAGGUUUAUAUCUCUAUGGCAACAUCGACAUAUCAAAUUAUCAUCACCUUCGCAAGGAAAUAACGGGCAGGGCUGUUGCUGCUGCUGCUGCCACUGGUUUAUUUAUUUAUUUUCCCACAUGCGUCCUACAACGUUGUGGGAAACGCGAUCGAGUCAGGGAGCAAUAUCUGAUUUAUGAUGGAUUAAUGGUCGUGUGAGCUGCAUGUGAAAGAAAGGCUUCCAAUGCUGAAUAUGUCCACUCCCAGUGACCUCAAGUCUCCCUGUGUGACUCGGAACGGCAUGGUCAAGCUUCCCCCCCAGCCCAAUGGCCUCGGUUCGGCCAGCAUUACUAAAGGCACUCCAGCUGCCAAGAAUCGCCUGUGCCAGUCGUCCUCCGUGCCCACCAUCUUGCCUCCCCCUAGCCUGCCCUAUCACCUAGAGCCCCUCCCCACAGCGGCCUCACUGCUGGGCCCCGACCUGGACACAAGUCCCGUGACUGCCAUCAAACCUCCCCUCCGGCAGUUUCCCAAGACCCUGCUGGAGAGACAACUGGUGCUGGACGAGAAGGUGCUGAACCGGCUCUUAUGGUACUUCACCACGGCAGAAAAGUGCAUUCUAGCCCAGGUGUGCAAGACGUGGCGGAAAGUGCUCUACCAGCCCAUGUUCUGGGAAGGUGUGACGCCCAUUCUACAUGCCAAGGAACUCUACACGAUCCUGCUCAAUGGGGAGAAGGAGUUUGUCAGCCUGCAGGCUUUUGCUCUCAGAGGCUUCCAGUCCUUCUGUCUGGUGGGGGUCUCGGAUUUGGACAUUUGUGAGUUCAUCGACAACUAUCCAUUGUCAAAGAAGGGAGUCAAGUCUGUCAGUCUAAAGAGGUCGACUAUAACGGAUGCGGGACUUGAGGUGAUGCUGGAACAGAUGCAGGGUCUGAUGCACCUUGAACUCUCCGGCUGCAAUGAUUUCACAGAAGCCGGCCUAUGGUCCAGCCUGAAUGCGCGGCUUACCUCUCUCAGCGUCAGCGACUGCAUCAACGUGGCAGAUGAUGCCAUCGCCGCAAUUUCUCAGCUCCUUCCCAACCUAUCAGAGCUCAGCCUGCAGGCCUAUCACGUGACCGACACAGCCAUGGCCUACUUCACCGCUAAGCAAGGCUAUACCACCCACACGCUGCGUCUGAACUCCUGCUGGGAGAUCACCAACCAUGGCGUAGUUAACAUGGUGCACAGCCUGCCAAACCUCACCUCCCUCAGCCUGUCAGGCUGCUCGAAGAUCACCGACGAUGGCGUGGAAUUGGUUGCAGAGAAUCUGAGAAAGCUCCGGAGUCUGGAUCUGUCCUGGUGCCCCCGCAUCACUGACAUGGCCCUGGAGUAUAUCGCCUGUGACCUACACAAGCUGGAGGAGCUGGUUCUGGACCGGUGUGUGCGGAUUACAGAUACAGGCCUGGGUUACUUAUCUACCAUGUCAACUCUGAGAAGUCUCUACCUGCGCUGGUGCUGUCAGGUGCAAGACUUUGGGUUACAGCAUCUAUAUGGCAUGAGGAGUCUUCGUCUUCUCUCUCUAGCAGGGUGCCCUCUGCUGACCACUAGUGGCCUAUCAGGCCUGAUCCAACUGCAGGAGCUAGAGGAGCUGGAACUGACCAACUGCCCGGGCGCCACAGCUGAACUCUUCAAAUACUACUCCCAGCAUCUGCCGCGCUGCAUGGUCAUCGAGUAGAGCAAAGAGUUUCAUGGGCACUAGCACCCACCACAUCACCAAAACCUCCUCCUACAGACUGAUGAUAAACCCAACUUCAUCCUGGACCCACAGGAAGAAUCAAUGAGAGAAAUUGAAUGGGAGUUUGUUUUGGUUUUCUUUUUUCUGGAGGGGUGAAUAGGUAUGGUUGACAUGGAAGAUAAAAAGGGAAAUCUGAAAGAAAAGGUCUGAACGGGCCUGGACUGACAAGUGAGAAGGAUCAUGUACAAAGCGCAGUGGGUCAGAGGCUAGAUCUUUCAUUAAAUAACAUGACACAUAGGAAUCAGCCCCCACACAUACAUGAAACAUGUUCCUCCACUGAACUGUGAGACCAGCUUCCAUGUCUCAUUCAAAACUCUUUAUGUUGAAGUGACAGAGGUGUGCGCUGCCUGUUUGAGCUGUCUCUCAUAUAUCCAGGGAAAGGUAGAGAGGAACCAAAAUGUUUAAGGGAAAGAAUGAGGAAAAGGAGCCUACAACAGGGUCUCUUCACUUUUGUCGAGCCGCUCCAUCUCGGUGUCUUAUCAAGGGAAAAAAAUCGAGAACUUUAGAGAUGAACAGCUACGUAGAUUUUCACAUCAACACUACUUGCUUUUUAUCAUGCAGUUCUCUCUUUUUUUAUAUUAUUUUUUUAGGUAUUAUUUUUGAUGAUAAGGAUUACUGUGAAACAUUUAGGGUAUAAGAUCGAGGUUUCGGACACUUUGAAUAAGAUGGAAAUCCAGGUACGGUGAAGGUACAGUAUUGAGGUACUGUCCUUUGAAAGGAACCAGCAUAAUCAGAAGUCAGGAGGUUAUUUUUCCCAGCAGAUUGCUCUUUUAAAGACAUUUCCAGAUAUUUUGAGUCGGGGAGAGUGGGGUGGAUCGGAACUGCUCAUACAUUUUAAUAUAGUUCAGACGGACUGUGGUUUGUACAAAAGAUAGCUUGGCUUUUUCAUCUGCCUGUUUUAUUUUAAUUCCAUUUUGAUGUCAAUUGAUAUUAGUGGCUUAUGUGCAGGGUUCCAUAUUAAUCCUGAUUCAAAUGAAGAUGAGAUCUCUGAGUGAUCCCAUAAUGCAGCUGGGCCACGCCGCGGGCCACGUGACAGCCUUUCACAGACUGAAACUGCACGUCAUUGCUUACUUGUCACCAGGCCAAACCAUUACAGCAGCGGACAGCAUGCCAGUUCUACCAUAGUUUCUUACAGUACGGGCGCAGUGUCUCUUUCAGCCCGAGUGCUUUUAAAUACAUCUGAUGAAUAUGGUUUACAGUGAAGUGCAUCAAAUGCAGAGGCAGGCCAGUGUAAUUAAAGUGAUCACAAACAUCCCACACAAGCUUAUUACAGUAGUCUCUUUUCGUCUAGCAGUUUUGCUUUCCCAUUAAGCAAUACCCACAUGUCUGCUUUUAGAUUAGUAGCACCUCUUUUUAUUUUCCGAGGUGCUGAUUUCUUCACCCCCUUACAAUUGUUCUAAUCUGUGGUGCCUACCUCAUUGUAUAAUUGGGUAUGUAGAAUACAGGUCCGCAGGGGAAUUCGCAGAAAGCAGUCAUUUGUUCUUUUCCAACCCACUCCAUACCCCAUAGCGAACCCUGCAUUUGCUCUCUCAGGAGAUUAAUGUGCUGCUCAGAUCUUCUCAGAUAGUGGUAGAAUAAAUGGCAUGGUGCACAAUUUUGGAGUCUUAGAUUGGUAAAAGCAACCUCUAAGUUCUAACUAGUGAAAUGGGUUUACCUCUGAAUAUUAUCAUCUGUGGACAGAUAUGGUAUUAGUGCAUGCAAUUUGGCAAUUUUUUUUUUCUUCAGGAAAUUGUGCAGAAAUGUACUAGUGAACUUUGAAAUUUCAGGCAUGCUGUCCCACUUAAACCUCGGGUUUGGUUGAUUAGCGCCACAGCUGGUUCAUGCCUGAACUACAUCAUCUGGAUACAAAAAGCAUAACUAUCAUUUAAAAACAACGGUUCCUAGAACGAUUGCAUAGAAGAACCAUAUUCAGUUUUCCAAAGAAUAGUUCUAACCAUUUUGCCAACAAGGAACUUUUAAUUUGUGUACAGUUGAGAUGAAUGAGAAUUCUAAUUGAUUACUAGCUUUCUCCAAUUAUUAUAAACCUUUCUGAUUCAAACAUGAAGCUAAUCUUACUCCAAAAAUGUGUAGAACAAAACAGAUAGAAACUAUGUCGGGAUAAUUCCAACAUCACUACCCUAUCUCACCCUAAAUUCUCUUAAAGAUAACAGAUUAUAUCUACUAAAAGACACAUUAGCACUCACCUCAGACAGUCGAUCUCUCUUCUUGUAUAUAGUGACAUGUUUAAUGGCGGGUUAAUCAGGGUUAGCAGCUGCUGCUUAUCCAGGCGAGAUCCCCUGAGACUUUCAAUCUCACUACCUUGUGUGACUUUAUCUUUUGAAUCAUUGAAGUUGUUACGUAUUUAUUUGCUUUUACUUAUCAUUGGUAGUGGGUUAAUUUAUUGACACGAUGCACAUAUUUAUUUAUUUAUUUAUUACAUUUACGAGGAUUGUAUGAGGUUUAUUUAGAAGUAGAACAUGUUUUUUUGAUGGGGUACCUGAUGAGACAAGAACUACUAUGGAAAUUGGAGUUGAGUUUUUUUUUUUUUUAUUGAUGAAUUGAAGCUUUUUUUAAAACAAUGGUUUCGCCGGUUAGAAUAACUGAAGUCUCUGAGGCACAUGGUUUUUUUUUUGGUGGCCAGACUAUU